AAAUAAUCGAUAAUGAAUGAUCUCGGAGCACCUUUCACAAGAUAGAUUCCUAUCUGUGAACUACGCAUUGUACUUGAUUUGUCAAUAAUCGAGGAUAAAAUUAAAUGCCGGAUUAAUUUGUUCGGCAUAAUUGAAAUAAGUUGAAAAAGAAAAAGGAAGAGUUCAGGAACAAUGUGGCGUGUCCCGAAAUUGGUUUUUCGGGCCGAAGCCCUCCUUGUUCGGAUGAAAGUAUUAAUACCGAAGACUGAAAUGGUUUAACCGAAGAAUACAUUUCUCAAGUACUUCUCAGUACUAUUCCAAAAAAUAAACACGUCUUCUUCGGGGGUGAAGAUCUGCUCGGUAAUUCGUUUUUUCAAAAAUGGCAUCACAGAGUCAAAAUGACACGAAUGUAAGUUCAACUGUUUCACCGGCAAAUGGAUCAUCCGGAUCAUCGACGACCAUGUCGGUCUGCACCACGAAGAUGCAGUCAUUGGAUUCAACACCAUCCUCUCAACCUUAUCAACAUUCAUCGCCAUCGUUAUCACCAUCACCAUCACCGUCGCCGUCGCCGUCGUUGAUGCAGCAACAGCAACAUCAACAAAUUCUGCAAUCUAACAAUGUAGAGGCAAUUGACAAGAACUCUUCCAAUACAUUAAAACGCAAUCCAAAAAUGGAACUAAGCAAAACUGAUUUAUUAAUAUUAUUAGGACAUCUUGAAGGAGAAUUACAGGCAAGAGAUAUUGUAAUAGCAGUAUUAAAGUCAGAGAAAUUGAAACACCUGUUAAGUACUAAAUAUUUGAGUGGAACUUUAGAUCCACAUGCUGCACUUGCUCGUGAUGUAGUAUUAGUAGGUGGUGUAAGCGAACACGAACCAAAUCAAAUAGAUAAACAGGUUGCUACUUUAGAGGCGCUUGUAACCCAACAAAGACGUAUGCAAUCUAAAAUGACCAAAAUUCUCAAAGAAGCUGAGCUUAGACAUAGAGCAGUUAUUAAAGAACUGGAGGAAGAAAAACGAAAACACGAACACGACACCGCGCAGGGUGAUGACAUAACGUACGGGCUGGAAAAGGAGAGAACACGUUUGAAAAAAGAAUUAGAAUUAGAGAAACAAGAAAAAAAAAGACUGGAAUUAGAAAUAAAGAAAGCAAGCGAUACUUUGGAGGAAGAAAAAACACGGCAGAAGCAAAUAGUACUUCUUCUAUUGGCCGAACGUAAAAAAAUAAUUAUGAAAUAUAUAGAAGAAAGAAAGAGGUCGGAAGAUUUGGCGCAGAUAUUAAGCGAAGAAAAAAUAAGAGUCGAUUCUAUGGCUGAAGGACUGGAAGAGGAAAGUAAGAAGUCGUUGCAAAUGGAGGCAGAAUUAGAGAAACAACUUGCACAAUUUGAUAUGGAGAGGCAGCAAUAUAGGCAAGCUUUAGCAAAAGAGGAAAAAAGGGUUAAAGAUCUCGAGUUAGAAUUAGAUAAACUUAAAAGUGAAAUGGACAUGUGGAAAGAGUCUCAAACACGAGGUUCUCCAAGGGGUGUGGGUACAAUUCCACCACCACCUCCAGCAAAACCAGCUAACUUAAUUGCUAUGCCUACGGUUAGGCCCGCUAGUGCUCCACAGACAAUUAGAAGCACAGUACUGGGCACUGAGACACCAAUGGUUAGUAGUAAAGUCGUUCAACCCACUGCCACGGUAUCUAGUGUUCCUGUCAGCGGUCCAACUACUGGGAUUGCUAGGUCAGUAACUCCUGGACAGGCAUUACGCGGGGUCUCGUACACGUCCAAUAUUACGUCUUCUAGUGGAGAAAGUGCAACUUCUGAAACCCAGGCUGUAGAGAAACGUGUGGUUGUACCUGCUCCUGUAAAUCCUGGAGGCACGGUAAAACUUAUACCGUCAACGCAAACUGCAGGAAAGCUUGGUUUUAAUGUUGGCUCUGGUUCGGCGGUUCAAGCAUCUGGUAUGCUGCCAUCGAAAAAGCCACCGAUAUCUCGCGGUGUUCCUCCUCCAGUGCCACCAAAUAAACCAGUAGUACCGCCUAAAAAGGAAGCUGCUUAUCUUAGGAGGACUGAAUCAUCGCAAGCAACUCAAGAUACUGUGAAGCUUGGUAAACAAGCUGCGCCACAUCCUGCGGCUGGAUCUACUGCUCCUCAAGUACAACAGGCAAUAGCUGCUCUUACUCAAGCCUCCGAUGAAGAGGUUAGUAAUGUAGCUCCCUUGUCCUGUUUGUCCAGAGUUUCAUUUUAAUAUCAUACAUUCUUGUAUUCUUAACGUCAACCAUAUUAACAGUUUCAUCGGGUACUUAAGAAAGUAUUACACUGCAACGUUGUACGUGAUUUCUCAACCGAGUUUAUUGCUCCUCUUCUUAUUCAAAGAGUUCUUGAACAACUUUGUUGGGUAGCCGAUGAAUCAACAUAGUAAAUAUAUCUCUUCUUGAUCUUUCUUUCACACGCAAUUCAGAGCUGGUGAAUAUGAUUUCAGACGAAACCACGUUGAUUUAACAGCGAAUAGAAAAACAAAAAGUAAGCAUUACUAACAUUUAAGAAAGUCUGAUAAAAGCCGUGUAACGUGAUUAGAACACGGUGGCGUUGCGUGUUUGGAACUACACAACGGGGGAUUCCCGAUAACCAACGUUUCUGAAUCAACGAAAGAAACGUACGUGCCCGAACAACAUUGUUCAUCGAUUGAUUUUACUUCGCGUAUACCAUAAGAUACCCUUAAACGAUGUCGCUAGAUCUCGGACGGAUCUGAAGGAUCCAUUGUAGCGAUAUACAACCGGCGACAACAUCAACAACUGGAGAACAAUGCUUGUAAUAUUGUACUAUAGACCGAGUGAUUCGAUCGAUAAACGGAUCAUUUAAACUAUUUAAGGUAGACUCUGUAGAUUCCGUAGUUUAUUAUCCGCGAUCUUUCCGAAUUACGUUAAAGUCAUUAGAUAAAAUUAAUGUCGUUGUAACGUGCUACUCGUAAGAAGGAACGAUACUGUUGUCAACAGUGGACGUGAAUAAUAAAUGUUUAUGCAACAGGGAGCUAGAUCGUGUAAUAUGUUUUAAUUUAAACAAAUAAACAGAAAGAAUACAGGAAUACAUUAUAGGUAGGGAAAGAUACGUAAGGGUCAUUUAACGUUAAACACCAUUCUUUAGUUCUUUUCAAAAAUAGUUGAAUGUUGAAGAUUUUAAUUCUUAACGCGUUUCCUUAUGUUACUUGGAAUACAUAUAUCAAAGUAUUACAUUUCUCAUGGAAAAUUAGUUUAAGAAUGUUUCAUUGAAAUAUAAGGAAUCAUAUGAAUUCUUUUGAUACAAUUGAUUGACUUAAUGUGAAAUGGCCCAACAAUACAUGCUAACCACUGCCUUGCCUGACGUAAUUGCGUGCAUGACAUACAAACGAUAUACUGAUAUGAUAUCAAUACGCAUUUCGAUGAAAUUUCAAUGUUUCGAAACCUGUCGAUUGCUCCUGAGAAUAUGCAUUUGAAGUAUCGCUAUGGAAACCGCUGUUUAUCCCGACAAUACUUACACGCAAAGUAGUAUCAUUGUGAAAUUAACGCGACCACAUAGUAUUCACGUUGAAGGCUCUCGUACCUACCGACAAAGAUACUGGAAAAGAAAAUCGAAACAUAGAUGGUAAUUUAUUUUCUACGUCGUUUCUAUGAAUAUGUCAUUGAUUUGAAGAUAAUUCCCGCGAUGAUGGGCCAGUCAAACAAUGAAUGUUGAAUAAUAAGUGAUAGAUCUGCAGUGUUCCGUAAGAUGUGUUAUAUAUCAGGGGAACGAGUGAUUUCUGAAUCAAAAUAAUAGGAAGAAAUGUUCUUAAUAUUUUUAUAUGACAUAUCGUUCGUCGACUAUUUCCUAUUUAUUACUCUUGUAUACGUUUGGAUGGAUAUAUACAUAUACUAUACACUUCAACGAUUUUCAGCGAUUUAAUAAAACUCAUAAAAUAUUUAAAAAAAGAAUUGCAAACGGUGAUCACGUGAAGAUAUUAAGAACGAUUUUUCGGCUUGGAAAUCCUUCACCCACCGAGUACAGUGCAUCUUACGAAAUUCCAGUACAAAUUUCGUUCCCACAAUGCAGAGUUUAUAACAAGGACAUGAAUAAAAUUAUUCGUUUGUACACAGUUUCUCUUGUAUAAAUCAUAAGUGGAUGGAAUUACAAUACGUUCUCAUAAACAUAUGAAACGAUGUACACAAGAAAAAAAAAAAAAGAAGAAAAGAGUAUCGAGUUAUUUAAACAUGUAUCUUAUCUCUCUCUCUUUCCUUUCGUAUGCGACCGUGAUUUCAUGAAACGUGCGAAGAUACAAUUUAACUUACAGCAUGCGCACCGAUUGUCUUUUGGCGAAUUUUUAGAUACGGUUUAUUCGAUUCGAAAUUUAUUUUUAUUUCUUUUUUUUUUAGAAUGUUCGAGCCGAAUGCUUGAAUAACAUUAUGCUCCGUUUCGCAAGGAACACGCGCAAUCUCCCCCGAUUUCCUCACUCUUUGGGAAUACUGUAGAAGAUUGAAAAGAUUCGUGUAAAAAACGUACGCCGUCGUGUUCCUCAGUAGCCCCUAAAAUUAGGGUGUCUCCAAUAACCAGCGGUUCCAAUAUAAUAGAAAAAAUUUUGGACAACGUUCCUAUUAUACUAGACAAGAUUUUAAUUAAAAAAUUAAUUAUGCCUGACUACAAGCGUCCGCUUCUCCUGCGGCACUCGAUCUACUUAUAUUAUCACGUGUCGUUCUAAACACGGUCAUUUCUACUGCGCCGGCGAACGCGUUAAGGAACGAAUCAAUUUCUAUUAUUUAUUCUUUAUUUUUUUCAUUCUUCCCACAAAAUUAUAGAAAACAUUUGACAAGAAGUCAAACAGGAAAUUCGUUUCAUCCGCGCGGAGUAAUUAGAAAACUCGGGAGAGCGUCCAGGUUAGAAGGGUAAUUAAAAGGGAAGUGUAAUAAGAAAGUGUCUCGUUUACCUCUGACGCGAAAAGAUCAAGCAGGAAAAAAAGAGGUGUCUCGAGGAGUAAAAACGAAGAUGAAGAAACUUAAAGACAGCAAAUUAAAAAGGAAGAUUAUACUCGACGAGUACCCACACCAUCUUGGGACGGUUGAAAAAAAAAAAAGAAAAAAAAAA